AUGGUUAUGGUGGAGCACAAAUGUCCUAAAGGCGACUCUUGUAACGAAGCCAGGUUAGAAAAGGUAAAUCGUCUGCUGAAGAGCUCACAAGAAGAUGGUGUUUCUGCAUUUGGUUUUUCUGCAUUGAUGAGCUGUAUUUGUUCGUAUGUCUGUAUUUUGAUUUGGGGUAUUUUGCUAUGUACAGCUUUGGAAGUUCAGGUCAAAGUUGGCAGUUACGGUCAAAAUAAUGGUGGAAAGAUUAAUAGUUUUCAUUUUUUGUUUUUUGGGUGUCUGCUUUUUUUUGUUUUGGCUUUCUGCUGUAGUUUGUUCAGUAAUUGGUAUUUUUAUAAUCAAGAAAUAAAAGAUUCUCUGUUGGCUUGUGGAUAUGUGGGAUUGGCAUUCUUUCUGGAACUUGGUCUUGAGAUAUGGGUUGAUAUGAAUGAAACAGUUUUUACUGAGAAUAUAUCUGGUUGUCAAGAUAGCUUCGUCCAGGUCAACUAG